GCUGGACUCUUGAAGCUACACGUAGUGACAUACAUAAUAAUAAUGAUUCUUUUUAUAUUUUGGGAAAUGGUAUUGAUUUAAAUAUUACAUUUAAAAGAAAUUCCAGAACAUCAAAUGCAUCAUUCUUUCUUGCAAUGCGAUACAAUAAAUGGUCAGAAAUAAGUUUUCUCAUUGGAGGAAGAUUUUUGUUGGAUAAAAAGGUAAAACUGAAGAAUAUGGAAAAUUCCAAAAUAUAUUCCUGUGUAGCCACUGAGUAUCCUAGGCUUAGAUGCUUGUUGACAAAUGAUUCCAUGUGGAAAAUAGAAUUAACCUAUCAACCCAUGCAAAUAUAUCGUGAAUUCAUUAUGUCUGCAUCUAUUGGAGUGAUUGGGAGUGAAAAAAACACUUCACAAACUGUAAAAUUCAGAAAGUUAGCUUACGUCCACAAACUAUCCUCUGUUAUCAAUAUUCCAUAUAAAAGCAUCAGUGAGGUGGAAAUAAAAUCCAUGUCCAUUUACCAAUCCAUUCACAUAUCCAAGAUUGUCCUAACAAAGAUGCUUACUGAUGAAGAAUAUGACUGUAUUAACAUAAAUAGGAGCAAUGCAGGGGAAACUAAUUGUAAAGUACGAAAAGGCAAGAAUUGGCUGUUGAAAGUUAUUUCUCCUGAAGCACAAGAACGAAAUUUCUCCGUAGAAAUAAUCCAAGACAUGUCUUUUUUCACUGAAGAUUUGAUGUGGAAAUAUUUCUUUUCAUAUGGAUAUAUGUAUAUCCAGUAUUUUUCCUUGAAGAGUUAUGGAAACGGAGAAAUCACAGAUAUAAAUCUCCAUUUUCAUAAUAAAUCUCUGAGAAUCAAUGAAAUAAGUCUGAUCAGCAAUUACACAGAGUAUAAAUUCAAAAGAAAUGAAGAAAGCAGUACUCACAAUUCCUCGGUGGCAAGAUUUUCUCGAAUAACAAAAGAGAAAAUUAAUUGUAAUGAAAUAUCUCUCAUCAUGAUUAUAGUUAUUGGUCUCCUUGCAGUCAUCAUAUUGUUACUGUUAGUCCUUCUUAUCAGGUCUAAGAUGCUCAGAAACAACAAAGGCAAAGGUAAUAUAUCAGGAUCUCAAGUCACUUCCUCCUCCAUGCAAAAUACCAACUCAAUUUAUAUCAACGGACCUGGACAAGAAUUACACUUCCAUAGGCAAAAAUCUGAAGAAUUUUAUGAAAGUUUAGAUUCAGAUCCAGGAAUUUCAGCAGCCGGAGAAUAUGAUAAUGUAACUUAUCUUAAGCCAAUAUAAAAAAAAAAGAAGAAAAAAAGGAAAAAACCACCUCCUCAGCCUCUUGAUAAAGCUGGUAUUGAACAACUCUGCAUGCAAAAUUUCAACCUUUUAUCUUUUUUACUUGUUUUAGCCAUAAUAUUAUGGCCAUGCUGGGGCACCACUGUGAAGAAUUUUACUCAUACAAAUGAACGCCCAGGACUUUUGAUUUUCUUUUUUAAUCCUGGUACCUAUUCUAUCAGUCUCUUUUGUUGAACUGCUACAUGAUAGCAGAUGUAAACACACCAGCACCGGUUGUCCGAUGCUGGCAGGCAACAAUCAGAACCACAAUGAUACACAUAUAUAUGUAUGUGUGUGUGUGUGCUUCUUUUUUCAAAUUUAUGGUUACGGAUGAAGCAUAAAUAUACCAUCAUCAUCAUC